AGAGGAACCCGUGUAAUGUGACCAACACCAGCCUUCCAAUUGGUUCUCAGGGCCUCCCUCUUCUCCCCCCCCCCUCCAUUGAGUGGGCUGGAACGCUGGAAAGGUUACGCGCAUGAGCAGUUCCCGGAUUUCCCCUGGCCACCGAGUGGAGCAGUGAGGUUGGGCGAUAAACAGGCUGUGGCUGGGGAGGAGGGGCGGGGGCAUUUGUUCCUCUGGGACUUUUCACGCCCCCUAUUUCGUUAGGUGUGGUUAGGUUCGGACGCGGGGUCCUGGCGGCGGGCUGGAGCCUACUUCUUUGUGAAAGGGGAAAGUAGCUCCCUCGGAGCACUGGUGAAGUUGCGGAGCGGGUGCGAGACGGCGGUUUUCCCCUAUGCCAGCCAAAUGGUGCGGCCCUGAGCUGUUUCAGGACCCAGCCCGACGUGUCUGAGAGAGGCCCCCGAGGGGGCAGGGAGGUGGCCCGCAGAACGCGGGUUCUGUGAAGAGACGUGGAGAAAAUUCGACUCGGAGAAGAGGAAGAGCCCGAUUGAAAGGGAGCGAGGCCGCUGAGGGGUAGGGGGCUGCCAAGAUGGCGUCGGCCUCCUCACGGCCGUCGUCGGUCGGGUUUUCAUCCGCGGAUCCCGGCGUCCCUUCCUGCGCCUCGUCCUCAGCAUCUGGAAUCAAGAGACCCAUGGCAUCUGAGGUGCCAUAUGCCUCUGGCAUGCCCAUGAAGAAAAUAGGCCACCGAGGUGUUGAUUCCUCAGGAGAGACGACAUAUAAAAAGACAACCUCAUCUGCCUUGAAAGGUGCCAUCCAGUUAGGCAUUACUCACACUGUGGGAAGCCUGAGUACCAAACCAGAGCGUGAUGUCCUCAUGCAAGACUUCUAUGUGGUGGAGAGUAUCUUCUUUCCCAGUGAAGGGAGCAACUUGACUCCUGCUCAUCACUACAAUGACUUUCGCUUCAAAACCUAUGCACCUGUUGCCUUCCGUUACUUUCGGGAGUUAUUUGGUAUCCGGCCUGAUGAUUACUUGUACUCCCUCUGCAGUGAGCCACUGAUUGAACUCUGCAGCUCUGGGGCCAGUGGUUCCCUCUUCUAUGUGUCCAGUGACGAUGAAUUCAUCAUUAAAACGGUCCAGCAUAAAGAGGCGGAGUUUCUGCAGAAGCUGCUUCCAGGAUACUACAUGAACCUCAACCAGAACCCUCGCACUUUGCUGCCUAAAUUCUAUGGACUGUACUGUGUGCAGGCAGGUGGUAAGAACAUUCGAAUUGUGGUGAUGAACAAUCUCUUACCACGGUCAGUCAAGAUGCACAUCAAAUAUGACCUCAAGGGCUCAACCUACAAACGGCGGGCUUCCCAAAAAGAGCGAGAGAAGCCUCUACCCACCUUUAAAGACCUGGACUUCUUACAAGACAUUCCAGAUGGUCUUUUUUUGGAUGCUGAUAUGUACAAUGCUCUAUGUAAGACCUUACAGCGUGACUGUUUGGUGCUGCAGAGCUUCAAGAUAAUGGACUAUAGCCUCUUGAUGUCAAUCCAUAACAUAGAUCAUGCCCAACGAGAGCCCUUAGGCAAUGAAACACAGUAUUCAGUUGAUACUCGCAGACCAGCCCCCCAAAAGGCUCUCUAUUCCACAGCUAUGGAAUCUAUCCAGGGCGAGGCUCGGCGAGGUGGCACCAUGGAGACUGAUGACCAUAUGGGUGGCAUCCCGGCCCGCAAUAGUAAAGGGGAAAGGCUGCUGCUUUAUAUUGGGAUCAUUGACAUUCUUCAGUCUUACAGGUUUGUUAAGAAGUUGGAGCACUCUUGGAAAGCUCUGGUACAUGAUGGGGACACCGUAUCGGUGCAUCGGCCAGGCUUCUAUGCUGAACGGUUCCAACGCUUCAUGUGCAACACAGUGUUCAAGAAGAUACCCUUGAAGCCCUCUCCUUCCAAAAAGUUUCGGUCUGGCUCAUCUUUCUCUCGGCGAGCAGGCCCCAGCGGCAACUCCUGCAUUACUUACCAGACAUCGGUCUCUGGGGAGCACAAGGCACAAGUGACAACAAAGGCGGAAGUGGAGCCAGGCGUCCACUUCGGUCGUCCUGAUGUUUUACCUCAGACUCCACCUUUGGAGAAAAUCAGUGAGGUCACGACUAUUCCUGACCCCUAUUUCUCACCUGUAGUUGGAGAGACUUUACAAAUGCAAACUACAAGUUCAAUCCUCUUGGAAAAGCCUGAAGUUGCAGAGUCAGAGUUCACCCAUUGAGCAAAAAAAUUCAGAAGACUUAGAACAAGAUUCUACCAGCUUGGUGAUCCCAAGAUGCCAGCCCUUGCCCCAGCAAUGCUGAGUUUUCUUCUUCGUGGUCAUCACAGAAGAAGCAUAUUGGAGGCUAGGGGGGCUGUCUCUUUCCUGAAGAAGAUCGUCUUCUCCCUCCCUUUCCUUACAAAUGGGCCUUAGUGCCUCGGACAGUUGAGGACAGCAGCGUCCUCCCCACUUCUGAGUUGAGUGGCAUGAGUUUUCAACUGGCCAGUCUUGGCUUCCACAAGUGAAUUGUUUUCAAGCCCCCAAUUCUUCCUGCUAGAAGCGGGGUUGCUGCACUUGAUGGUUUUCUUCCUCCUCAUCGACCCUUCACCAGGAGCUGGACUCUUAAUUUCCUCAGGACAGACUGGCUGGCACCUUAUUUCCACCUUAGCUCUUUCUCUAGAAGAAGACCCUGGUAACUUUUGUAAAGGUUUUGGGGGAGUAAUGGUGUUAAACCAACUCCCAACUUCCUUUUUUUUUUUUUUUUUUCUUAAAAAAAAGGAAAAGAAAGACUAGCGCACAGCACACAAUUUCAAGCUAGUUUCAGAUCAAAACUCCAGAAGUGUUGGAGAGCUGCCUGUUCAUGGGGUUCCCUCAGAAGAGCCCCCUGGUGUUUGAGAAAUGGAAGUGUGGAACUGCUUUGCCAAGAGCAGCACCUCUUUAACUCCACCUCUCUUGAUGAAUUUCUUAAGGCUGAAGGAAUGGAGAGAGUGGGACAUGGGGUAAUCUUUACCCCUUUGGUUGAAACAGAAGGGCAGUCAUGGGGCUGGAAGAUCAGAGCCCUUCCUAGGCAGGACCCGACUCACUGCGGGGCCAUCACGAUUAUUACUGUUCUGCAAUUUGAAAUAUAUUCUGCUUGUUUUUCUAAAUACGAAGACUUAAUCAAAUGAAUUUGGAUCCUUCUCGAAAGGUUUCUUCCUUGCCCUUCCCACCUUUUCUGACAAAGUUCUGCUGUUCGUGGAGUUCAAGUGGAAAGGGGACACCUGUGUCCAUUUAACAGGCAGUCUAGCUAUGAGGCUAGAGGAUAUUCUCUUAGACUCACGGGGAGCCAGCAGAUUCUUGCCUAGGUGAGGUCAUUGCUGUGCCACAUGCCCUGCCCCUUCUCAUACAGAGAACUCGGAAAUGGGGGCUUUGUAAUCCCUCUGUUCCCGUCUCCAAGAGUUGUGGUUCCCCAUCUGAUCCUCCUACUCCUGCCAGGGGAAGAAGGAGGCCUGGCAUCUCAGGCAGAUUGUUGAAGACUCUCCUGUCCAUCCCACCCGACCUUGAUAGUAGGGUAGCCCAUCCCCCAAGUAACUGUCUAUAUUAGACACCCCCAGCCAGUUUCUGGCUGCCUGUCUUUGCUGCCAUGUUCUUUUUUACAAGAAGGAAAGAAACAAUUCUUGCUAUUUUUUUUCAUAAUUUACUAUUUAUGAUGUAUUUAAGUGUUUUAUUCAGGACAGAGUUCUGUAGGGGGUGGGAGGGAAUAUUUGAGGGAGGCUGGGUCUUAGGGAAGGGAAUGGGGAAUCAACAUUUUUAUGAAGUGUCAUUAUUUGCCUCUACUUUGUAUUGUUCAGAAAUCGCAAAUGCAAUAUAAAAGUGAUAAAUCCUUGGUUUUAAUGUAUUAAACUUUCAUCAGUUAUUUAGA